AUGGAUACUACAAUACAUCAAAAUGAGAUUAUUUCAUUAUUAGACGAGAAAAGAGAUAUUUCAAGCACAUUAAAAUUUUCUUCAUUGCUUGGGUCCAUUACAAUAACCAAAUUCGUAAUAUUUUUGGUCGGAUUCUCCGAUGGGCUAACUCAUCUUGCAACACUUGCAAUUUACUACUUGUUGAAAGAUGAUUUACAUCUUUCCCCACCUGAAGUAUCGGUAAUAUACGCAAUUCCUGCAAUACCAUGGUUUUUGAAGCCUUUGUUUGGAAUGAGAAGGAAGCCAUACUUGAUUUUUUUUUCAAUACUUCAAGUUAUUGGAUUUUUAUUGCUUGCAACAAAUGCUGAUACUGUUUUAAAAGCUGCGACUUGCUUGUUACUAAUAUCAUUAAGCGCAGCAUUUUGUAGUAGCAUUGCUGAGGCAUUAGUUGUGGAGACUUCUGGAAUAAAUGGCGGUGCUGAAACCGUUUCCGAUUAUUUUGGUUCAAAAGCAUUGGGUGCAUUAACAACAGCAUAUUUUUCUGGGUCGUUGUUAGAUACUUAUAGUAAACAAGGAAUAUUUCUUACUACAUCGAUAUUCCCAUUAUUUGUAUUUAUUGCUAGCUUGAUAAUGGAAGAUAAAAAACAGACGGGAGAACUGACUGCAAAGAACCAACUAUUAUCACUUAAAGAAUUCUUGAAAAGACCUAUUAUUUGGGGGCCAGCAAUAUAUAUUUUUACUUAUACAGCAGGGCCAGAUUAUGAUGAUGCCAUGUUUUUUUAUUUUACAAACAGACUUGGCUUUUCACCAACGUUUAUGGGUAGUUUAAGGCUAACAUAUGGGAUUGCAGGGAUAAUUGGAAUUGUAUUAUACAGAAUCAUUCUUAAAAGAACCCCUUUUCGUGAAAUACUACUCUGGACCACCUUAUUUUCGAUUCCAAUCUAUAUUCUACCUCUAGUGUUAGUCACAGGGCUCAACCUAAAUCUUGGAAUUUCAAAUAGAAUGUUUGCCUUAUCCGGUGGAUUUUUAAUCGAAGCAAUUGCAGAGAUACAAUUAUUACCACUUCUUGUAAUGACUACGAAGCUUUGCCCAAAAGGUCUUGAAGGGUCUGUAUAUGCAGUUAUGAUGUCAAUACGAAGUCUUGGAACAGGAGUUUCAAAAGUUAUCUCCGCAGGAUUGGCAUAUUUACUUGGAAUUACUGCAUUCAAUUUUUCAAACCUGGGGUUAUUAAUUUGGAUUUCAUCUGCAUUCUUACUAUUGCCUCUCCUUUUCUUGAAUCUGGUUAGUUAUUUUAUGUUUUCCCUACUUCAAAUUCAUUUUAUUUUAGGUUGUAAAUGA